CUUAUUUUCGCCGACACACACAAACUCACACACUCAACACUCUUGUGCUCCUUUUUUGUGCUUUCCCUCUUCCCACACUCUCUCUCUUCAUUACUCUAAGCUUCGAAUCUCUAUCUGUCCCUUUCUUUAAUGGCCUUGCCUUGUACAACUAGUCGCGAUCUGAAACUCAACUACUACGGUACUACCCCCAUUCUUCUUUUCUUCUUCUUCUUCCUUGUCUUCUCCUGCGUGUCCAUGCUACCCUUGCAUGUGCUCCUCCACACCUGAACCACGCUCCAACCACAAUGGCUCUUACCCGUUUUGUUCUUUCACUCUUUCUCGUUGAGUUUGUGUCGUUCUCUUUGAUCUUUGCUGCUCUUCCUCUUGCCUUGGCCAACACUGACCCUUCUGAUGGUACUCCCUUGUCCUUAUUUUAUUUUAUUUUGGAAUGAUCACGCCGCGCUUGAUUGAUUUGGUCGGUGUUGAAUGUUGCAAUGGCGUGGAAAGUGUUAGAUUUUGAUAUAAAGUUUGGAUUUUGCAUUGUGGGGUGCUGCUUGAACCCUUCAUUUGCUUAAGUUUGAUUUUGCUGCAAAGUCUGUUUAGUUGCUCGGAAAAUGCAAUGAAUGAAAUAAAGGCUAAAGCAUUGGCUUUUUGGCUUUAACAUGGCAAAAGAACCAAUUUUUAUGUUGAAACAAAGUGAGGGAAUUGAGUUUCGAGGAUUCCACUUUGGUUUUUGUAAAUUCUAUUUGCAGAAUGCAAUAUUGCAAUUACUUAAGUUAUGAGGGGAUGCUUUUUCUUGCCAAAAACAUGGUCUUUUUUCUUUUCUCUUCUCACUUUCUCUUUCUGGUUCAUCUUUUUUCUUUGUUUUUUGGGGAAACAAGGUUUAAGUUAAGUCGCACCAGGUUUAAAAUGAUGUGCCCUUUUGGGUUUAUUUCUUUAUAAAUUUGUGACUGCAAAUUCACCAACAGUGCCAUUGCCUUUGUGGACUUUUGGUAGUUUUUAUUGUUGUUCUUUCUGUUACAGUACAAGCUCUUGAGGUGAUGUACAACGCGUUAAAUAGUCCAACUCAGCUAACGGGUUGGAAAAUUGGUGGUGGUGAUCCAUGCGGAGAGUCGUGGAAAGGGAUAACAUGUUUAGGACUCGAUGGGACUUUGGGAUACCUGCUUUCAGACCUUAUGUCACUGAGAAAGCUUGACUUAAGUGACAACAAGAUUCAUGAUACAAUUCCCUACCAAUUGCCACCGAAUCUUACAAGCUUGAAUCUUGCCAGAAAUAACUUAUCUGGAAAUCUUCCUUAUUCUGUUUCUGCCAUGGUUUCACUCAAUUAUCUGAAUUUGAGCAAUAAUGCGCUCUCCCAGUCAAUUGGCGAUAUUUUUGCUAGUCUUUCUGAUCUUGGCACCCUGGAUUUAUCAGUCAAUAAUUUCUCUGGCGAUCUUCCUCCUUCUGUUGGUUCAUUGUCCAAUCUUUCCUCUCUGUUCUUGCAGAAGAACCAGUUAACUGGAUCUCUUAGUGUUCUUGUUGGUUUGCCUUUGGAUAUUUUAAAUGUUGCAAACAAUAACUUCAGUGGAUGGAUACCUCGUGAGCUUAGUUCCAUCCAUAGUUUCAUAUAUGAUGGAAAUUCUUUUGAGAACGGUCCUUCUCCUAUUCCACCAGCUUCUACUUCACCUCCUCCCAAUGGAUCUCAUAACAGUCAUCAUCAUUCUGGAUCUGGUUCGCAUAAUAAAGCACAAGGUUCUGAGAAUGAAAAUUCUGAUGGCCACAAGGGUUUGGCAGCAGGGGCUGUGGUAGGCAUUAUUUUAGGUUCAGUAUUGGUGGCUGUUAUUUUGCUGCUUGCUCUUGUUUUCUGCAUCCGAAAACAAAAAGGAAAGAAAAAGAGUGCAAGAACUUUAAGUGGGAGCUUUCCCCGUGGAAUUAAUAAUGGUGAAUCCCCUUUCUUUUUGCUUUUUGUUUCAAGAUAUAUUUUAAUGGUGAGUCCUGACCAGUUUAGCUUUUCAUUUGGGUUUAUACUUGCAGUAACUCCACCUAUGCAAGAGCAGAGGGUAAAAAGUGCUGCAGUUAUCACAGAUCUCAAGCCUCUUCCUGUAGAGAAUGUGGCAGUUGAGAGGGUACCUGUAAAAAGUGGAUCUGUAAAGCAGAUGAAGUCCCCUAUAACUUCUACAUCAUACACCGUUGCUUCUCUUCAAAGUGCAACAAAUAGCUUUAGUCAAGAAUUUAUUAUUGGUGAAGGUUCUCUUGGCCGUGUUUACAAGGCUGAUUUCCCAAAUGGGAAGAUAAUGGCUGUUAAGAAGAUUGACAAUUCAGCACUGUCAUUACAAGAGGAAGACAAUUUUCUUGAAGCUGUUUCAAAUAUGUCACGCUUGAGGCACCCAAACAUUGUGACAUUGGCUGGAUAUUGUACAGAGCAUGGCCAACGACUUCUAGUUUAUGAGUAUAUAGGAAAUGGAAAUCUGCAUGACAUGCUCCAUUUUGCUGAAGAUAGCAGCAAGGCUUUGUCUUGGAAUGCCCGCGUUCGCAUAGCACUUGGCACGGCCCGAGCUUUAGAGUACUUGCAUGAAGUGUGCUUGCCUUCUGUUGUACAUAGAAAUUUCAAAUCAGCAAAUAUAUUACUUGACGAGGAGCUCAAUCCUCACCUGUCUGACUGUGGUUUAGCUGCUUUGACACCAAACACUGAGCGGCAGGUAUCAACUCAGAUGGUUGGUUCAUUUGGUUAUAGUGCUCCUGAAUUUGCAUUGUCAGGGGUAUACACUGUAAAAAGUGAUGUAUACAGCUUUGGGGUGGUUAUGCUGGAACUACUGACUGGUCGGAAGCCACUUGACAGUUCGCGGGUUAGAUCAGAGCAGUCGCUUGUGAGGUGGGCUACACCCCAACUCCAUGAUAUCGAUGCCUUGGCCAAAAUGGUUGAUCCUACAUUGAACGGCAUGUAUCCAGCAAAGUCGCUGUCACGCUUUGCCGAUAUCAUUGCUCUCUGUGUUCAGCCGGAACCUGAAUUUCGACCCCCAAUGUCUGAAGUGGUGCAAGCAUUGGUACGGUUAGUACAAAGAGCAAGUGUGGUUAAAAGGCGACCCAGUGACGAAUCUGGUUUUGGUCACAAGACUCCAGACCAUGAGGCCAUAGACAUGUCAUUUUAAAUGUUAGUGCCUCUAGUCUUUUGCAAUUUUGUGCAGUUAUUCGGUAAAAACAAUUAUAAAUCACAGGAAGGAGUAGAAUUUGUGAAAAUGUAUCAAGCAAA